CGCAGACUGAGAGCAAAGUACCAAAGUGUGCAGAACUUGAUUGCUAGUUUAGCCUACUGCUCAUGAGGACUGUUGGAGGAGGAAAUGUCCAUGCACGACUUCGGCAGUCCAUUCCUGAUCUGUGAUGAAGAAGGAGACUAUUACCAAAGAAAGCAGGAGGCAGAUGAAGAGAGAGAAGACGAUGAGGAGGAAAAUGAGAACGAUUAUGCACAGCAUAGCAACACCCUGACACCAGAGAUGGGAAAAGCAGGGGAUGGGGAGAAUAUGAGUGGGAGAAUGACCACAAAAAACAUGAGUGAAGAUACAGAGGAAAACAUACAGAAGAAGCAUGAGGAAACGCCAGAGGUGCAAAUGGUGAAGCAAGAGGAAAUCAAUCAGGUAGAAGAGUCAGAACAGACAGAGGUAAAGGAAGAAAGAGAGGAGAAGUGUUUGAGCAGAGGAGAGAUGGAGAGGAAGAUGAGUGAGGAGACAGACACUGAGGAGAGAGGAAAGGUUGGGACUGAAGAUGAGGAGAGAGCGAAGGCUGACGUGACCCUAGGUGGUGUCCUGUCUGUGUGUGAGCAGUCCCUAGAGCAAAGCGUCCUGAGUGCAGGCCUGGCAUUCAGACAUGUCUCACAGCCCCUCCAACCUCCCGAUGGCCAGCCGGAGGCACUUGCUUUGGGGAAGCACCAGACGGGCAUCCUCAACUCCCAAACGCUGGAGGUGAGCACGUUGCUGCCCCCGGUGGAGGUGCAGCUGACGCAGGUGUACACCACGCGCCAGUACACACGCUUCACUGGCCACGCCCCCCCAGUGCUUCCCCUGGGCACACAGGCACACGCGCCUCCCGUUGACCACGCCAUACUGGCACCUGCGCCCAAGAAGAAGACACGGACGCUGUACUCAGCAGAUCAGCUGCAGGAGUUGGAGCGUUUGUUUCAGGAUGAUCACUAUCCUGAUGGAGAUCGGAGAAGGGAGAUUGCUGCAUCUGUUGGAGUCACACCCCAAAGGAUCAUGGUGUGGUUUCAGAAUCGCCGCGCUAAAUGGCGGAAAACAGGGAAGGGACCACUAAAGACACACAAAACCACCCAGAGAACGUCGUACUUUUCCGGCACUGUUCCGCCAGUGCUCCCCCAGCCCCCCCCACACACACAGACCCUCCCACCCUACAGCUCCCUCAUUGGUAGCUUGAGCAGCCCAGCAGCAUGCGUUGGACAGGUGUAUGUAUCCCAGGAAGGAGGCCCUCUCCCCAUGCACAGUCCCCCUCCACUGCGCAGAGCUUCUCUGUCUCUCUCUCUCGACCCUAAUCAGCAUAUAGUCAACCUGCCUACUGUUGACACCUGGAGCAAUUACACUGACCUGUCCACAUUGAAGAUGGACCCCCAGCACCAUGUUGUGUUUGUGCCCAUGUCAAACACAAUGCACUAUCCAUCAAAAGCACACACUAACACGCAGCCCAUGCAACACAACACAAACACACUCAAUCAGCAGUAUCUCUCCAAUCUCCCCUACAUGAAUCCCGCGUACAUCAACAAUGGCCCGCCCCACGCAGGCCACACCCACACUCCUACCCACAUGACAUACGGCCUGCCAUCGACCAACAGUCUGGUGCCUGCCUGCUGUCAACAGAAUAAUCAGAUGCAUCAGGUGCAGUCACGUCUGUGCUCCAGUGAGCAGGCCCCACCCCAGCCUGGGACGUUUCAGGGGCCUGGACGCGUCUCCCUUCACCUGCAGCCUCAAUCCCACUACAUCAGCUCACCCCUCCCUCACACACACACACACACUCACGCAAACACACUCUUCCCACUCCACACCCCUCUGACCAAAGAUAGCAACCCUCUCAACUCCGUAACCAUGGGGACCCAGCCAGGGCCCUCGCAGACCGUGCCCAGCAGGAAAGAGUCCGACACGCACACACACUCUGACAUGCACAGUCACACACACUCUGACAUGCACAGUCACACACACUCUGACAUACAGAUUCACACACACUCUGACAUGCCGUUCCACUGUGACUUCUCCCCCAUCAUCCUGUAGCUGUCAAAGGUGUUUCAACAUUGACAGAGAAGCUUGGCACUUGACUAACACUUUUUGAGAUUGUGUUUUUGUAUAUAGAGAUAUUUUUGUUUAUUUAAAAACAAACAAAGUGAAUGUUGAAAAUGCUGA